AUGGAACAUACUAGUUUUAUUGUCAUUAAUAAUUCUUCCCUAUGCUAUGUCGAGUAUGAUUUUGAGAAUGAUGAACAGUUUUGCCAGAAACCUACAGAGGAGUUAUUCGACCUCGGUAGCCUUGGUUAUUUUGAUGUAGUUGGCGAAGAGGAUAUCGAUAUUGUCAUUGUUGGUUCAUGCAAUGGUUUGGUUUGUUUAACAACAAAAAUCAGUAACUUUCUAUGUGGUCAUGUCUAUGUCUGUAAUCCUAUCAUCCGAGAAUGCGUGGAACUUCCCAGCCUCGUUCCGAGUAACAAAGACUACAAAGGUGCUGGAUAUUUCAGUAUGUAUUACGGAUUUGGUUAUCUUCCUUUAAGCAAUGAGUACAAGGUUGUUCGAAUUAUCUCUAAAUCUUUGAAUUUCAAAACUAUAAUGAAUAAAAGAAAAGUAGACGUGUACACACUUGGUGAUGGAAGGGGUUGGAGAGAUGGAGGAGAAAUCGACGAAUUAUUUGUGCCACAAUGCCAAAGUGUUCUUGUUGACGGAGAACUUCAUUGGAUUGAACCUAGACCUCACUCUAUCACGGUCUUCGAUUUAACAGAUGAAAAAUUCUACAUGCUCCCUGCACCACAUCGUUUGCUCUCCGAUGGGGGACCUAAAAAAGUGGUGGUUUUGGAUGGACAAUUGUGUAUUUUUCAGGCAACGACAGAUGGAAGUUGGAACAUAUGGUUGAAAAAGAAGAUGGAUGAUAAUUCUAACUUUAGAGAACAAGAUGGAGAGGACAAGAUUUGGCGCAAAGAGUCAACUAUGACAAUGAAAAAGAUAGGGAAGUAUCAACCAUUAACCAUAACUAAGAAUGGAGAUAUAUUAUUGUUUUACGAAGAGAAGUAUAAUCUUGAAAGGAACAGUGUCGUCAUUCGCUAUGACCCGAAGGCCUCAACAUCAAAAGAACUAGGAGAUCUUGGUUUGCCUUUACCAGGUUAUGGUAAACCUACACUACACGUCAACAACUAUAUUUCUCUGAGAUCACUAGGAGAACCAACUGCCGUUUCCCGGCUAUGA